AUGACGGCCCCCGCGUACGAAGAUCCUGCUGACGCCUAUUCUAUACGUAACGAAGAGAAGCUACAGGUUUUCGACCACUAUUUAGUGUUCUUCCAGCUUACGUUGGAGGUCAAGCUGUGCUUACUUAGCCUUGAAUGCGCCUACAAUCAAGCGUAG